AUGAUUCAAUUCAGGCCACCAGCAUGUGAGACUAGCAAGAGAUUUCAUCUUUUCAAUGCCGAGAUGACCGGAAUAGUAAAGAAAGAACGUAUCAGUAACCUGGAAACGGAAAUCACCACACUGGAACGUAAAAAGCAACAGAUGAGUGAGACAGAUCGGGGCGGUGGAGAAAUUAUGCAGGCUAUACGGCUGACAGAGAACAAAAUUGAGAAAGUCCUGUUGAAACAGACCGAGGCUGUGCAUAUUGGUCAGACGUAUUUGGCCAUUUUUAACAAACUGAAAGAGGAAGGUCAUACAUACCUGACCACUGCGGACGCACUGAGAUUGGAGAUCGAGCGUUGCUCGCGAAAAAUCAACGAACUCCGACCGAUCUACCAGGAUGCCGUACUGAUACGAGAUAAAACGAAAACAGAGCUGCGACGUCACGAGGAACUGUUGUAUGCGCAUCGAAAGCGAAGGGAGUUGGAAAUUGGCAGUAUGCGACGUUUGGUUGAAGCCAAGCGGGAAAAACCGAUGCCACAGAAGGCGGCCAUGAAUCUGCUCGGCCAAUCGGACACAUUUAUCGACCUCAGUUUGGUCUGCUUCUAG